AUGGCAGACCGUAACUACCGCGUCAGUUACAAGACUCGCGAAGUCGACCACGACGAAGCACGUCUCGAAGAGGCACGAAGACGCCUGCCGACAGCGCUCGAUCCAUACAGAUACCCAGAAGACCGAGAAGAACUAAAACGGGCAGUCGCAGAGACAAAGGCACGUAACGCUCGAUAUCGUGACGACUAUCGUGAAUAUGAAGCUCCUAUAAGAAGACAGACACUUCGAGAGGAUGUAGUGGACAAGAUACCUGAAGACUUGCCUCGGCCAAGCGCGACAAAGACAACGUAUUCGGUGACGGCUGCUGGACUCGAGAAGGAGUCGCAAGUCAUGACUCGAGGUCCUACAGCGCCUAUGGACCGAGAGGCUGGCUCGGUACGUGCUCGACAGGGUCAAUAUGAAGAUAACAACAAAUAUAUAGCGGCGCGGUCUGAGAAACCUUCAGGUCGCAGAUACGAUGAUCGAUAUUAUGGCAGAAAAGAUCGUGAUUACGAGGUUGAGCGACCACGAUAUGAGGGCGGUGCGUAUGUAGUUGACAUGAGAGAUGCAGACGUCGUGGACAUAUAUUCGGGGUCGAGAGCACGAGAACCUGACAGAGGGUUUGGUGGCUAUCGAAAUGACCGUUACAACGAUCCAGCACCUGAAGCUUACGGUCGUAGUGGAGGUUAUAGAUCAAGCGGAGCUGCGUAUGCAGAACGCGACGAUCAACGUGCUUCGGCUCCUUACAUGUCUGGAGCACGUCAGGAUCGAGCUCCAACAAGAGUUUCCGCGAAGAUGGCAGAUAACGAGGCAGCAGUGGCUUACACACCUUCGAUGACCACAAAGAGAAGAGACGAAGAUGACUUUACUUUCGUCGAGCGAUCAGGGCCUCCGGAUCGAGCACCAGCUGAACCAAGAUCUUCCAAGGAGUCCUUCUAUGCUGCAGCCGAAACACCCAAAGGCAGAGUUCGUGCUGAGGUGAAUCGUUCUCCUCCCGACAACGACUACGUGAUGGUCUCACCACCCAGAGACAACGCCACUAUAGUCAGUGGGCGAAUGACCGCCAACACUGGUGGCGCCAGCAUGAGAUCAGCAAUGUUCCAGGCCGACGCAUACACACCAGAAGAGCGUCUUCACCGACGCAGGUCACGAAGUAUCAACUUCAGGAACGAAGACACUGAUGGGCAUUAUGCUGGUGAUAAAUUUCAUGAGAAGCCUGGCGCCGAAGCGGCAAUGCUGGGACGAUAUCUCAAUCAUUAUGAUGCCGAAGAAGAUCGCAUGGACUACCGCUAUAGCUCGAAGGGUGGUAGGGUGGCUGAAGACGAUUACUACGAUCGACGAGAGCGUGACAACGCCAGGUAUGCGCCGCAGCGUGCAAGAAGUAAAAGUCGAGGAAGGCGUGAGAGGGAAGAGGAUGAUCGGAGUUAUGUUGAUACGUUCAGGGAGAAAACGACCAAAACCACCUAUUAUUGA